AUGAAUAAAACGUUUAUACCGGCGUUUUAUCCCGUGGAAAACUACGCUGGGGGAUCUCUGAGGGCCUUGGAACGUCAAUGGUUUAAGGAUAUGUCCGGCAUUCGUGUUGGGCCUGCUCGUAUGCGACAAGUUCGAAUGAAAGAGAGCACAUGCUCCUACCAUAAGCUGACCUGGCCGUACACUUGUGUAGAUUCAUACAUCAAAGCUGAAGAAGACAGAAAUGCAUACUGUCUUGGCUGGCAGGAAUACAACAAGGUAUCCUGCGGUGGGUAUGUUUACAAAUACAAAUACUACACUUCGGAUUCUUGGACAUAUGUGGACGCUAGCGACAUCUGGGGCAUGAACAUCAAAGGAGAAUACAAUUCUUACGGUGGGGGUGGGUAUAUUCUUAAAUUUGUAAGAAACAGAGAAAAUGCUCAUCUCUUACUAGAAGAACUUCUGCGGUAUGAUUGGAUUAAUCGUCAGUCAAGAGCGAUCUUAAAAAUCCUUGGAUAUAACAAAAGGUUCACAGAAAUUACGGCCGUCAUAAGUAGAGCCGGCAAGGAACUGUUGACCUUCGGAACGCUACUGAUCACGUUGUUCUUUGCUUUUGUGUCCUUUGCGUACCUUCUCUUUGGUUCAAAACUGGUUGGUUACAAAUCCAUGUUUAAAACCUGUGUGAGUCUGGUCAACACUUUCAUCGGAAGAAACAAGCUUCGGACACUGGUCGAAGCCUCUCCAACUACGGCCGAGUUCUUCUAUAUGGCAUAUGUUGUCAUUGUAAUCAUGUUUAUGCUGACAAUUUUUAUGUCGAUAUUAAAUAGCAGCAUCAAAGAAGUCAGACUAGAGACCGCCAAGCACGCAGUUAUGUUUGGAAUGAUAAAGGUCCUGAAAAAGACAUUCAGAGAGUUCUUACAGCUGUUCUACAUACCGAGAAGGAAGAAUCAAAAUAAGAUAAAUGUUUCGGAAGAAGUUGCUGAUGACGUGGAUUUAAAAGCCACAUUGCAGUCAAUCAGACAAACCUUAAAACGGUAUGAGAGAGUGUAUGUGGAUGACACUGACAAUCCUUCCUCGCAAAUUGUUUCAUCAAAGGAAAUGAACGCACUUCUUCCCUGA